UCUCUGGAAGAAGGGGUCGAAGGUGUCUUGACCCGGGAGCCCUUUGAACAGGUGGUGGUAACGGAGGACGUUCUGGAGGAGAUCCUGGGGCCCGUGCGGUAUGAAAGCGAGGGUGCGACGCGUGUGUCGGUGCCAGGAGUGGUGACGGGCUUGGCCUGGAAGACGACGGGUGGAGAGCUUCUUUUUAUCGAAUGCUCCCUGGUGCAAGGCGGGAGGGGGACUCUGACCAUCACGGGCAAGCUCGGCGAGGUUAUGAAAGAGUCGGCGGCGAUCGCCCUGUCCUGGCUCAAGUCCAAGCUGCCCU